AGCGAACUCCUCCGUAUGAUUUCACGAUUCGCUCUCGCGGUACUUUGACGUCAUCCGGCUGUCGAUUCUUGCAGCGCCGAAUGAAGUCGAACAAGCCCGAUCACGUGGAGGUGGCCUUAAUUUCCCCGCCUCCACAACAGUUCGGCCCUGUGAUUGGCUGUGUAUGUCGAUCUGACCAAUAGGGUUCUUGGGUAGUGACGUUGUUUUUUGCCGCUAAAGUCGAACCCCAGUAAAGUCAGACAGACAGGCACCUAAUCGCAAGGCAAAGCUUUUGUCAUCUUACAGACAUCUGUCCCUUCAGACAGACAAUAUGGGAAUUCAAGGCCUGUUGCAGUUCAUCAAAGAUGCUUCAGAGCCCAUGAAUGUGAAGAAGUAUCGGGGGCAGACAGUAGCUGUGGACACAUACUGCUGGCUCCACAAGGGGGCUUUCUCAUGUGCUGAAAAACUUGCAAAAGGGGAACCUACAGAUCAGUAUGUGUCCUACUGUAUGAAGUUUGUAGAAAUGCUUCUUUCUUUUGGCGUUAAACCCAUCUUGGUGUUUGAUGGACGUAACUUGCCCUCCAAAAAGGAAGUAGAGAAAACCAGACGAGAGCGUCGGCAGGCAAACCUGCAGAAAGGCAAACAGCUGUUGCGGGAAGGGAAGCUAUCAGAAGCCAGAGACUGUUUUACCCGCUGUGUUAACAUCACGCCAUCCAUGGCACAUGAUGUCAUCAAGGCUGCUAGGACACGUGGAGUGGACUGUGUUGUUGCUCCAUAUGAAGCUGAUGCCCAGUUAGCUUUCCUAAACAAAUCUGGCAUCGCUCAGGCAGUUAUUACAGAGGACUCUGAUCUACUGGCAUUUGGCUGCAAAAAGGUGAUUUUAAAGAUGGAUAAACAAGGUAACGGUCUUGAGAUUGACCAGUGUCACCUCGGCCGCUGCAAAUCACUCGGCAACAUAUUCACAGAGGAGAAGUUUCGUUACAUGUGCAUCCUCUCUGGCUGCGACUACCUGCCCUCCCUGUAUGGCAUCGGUCUGGGAAAGGCAUGCAAGCUGCUCAGGAUAGCCAAUAAUCCAGAUAUUCUGAAGGUGAUAAAGAAAAUGGGUCAGUACUUGAAGAUGGACAUCAGUGUGCCUGAUGAAUACAUUGAGGGUUUCACCAAAGCCAACAACACAUUUCUGUACCAGCUCGUCUUUGACCCCUUAAGAAGGAAGGUGGUUCCGUUGAACCCUUACCCAGAUCAUGUCGACCCCGCCUCCCUUAGCUAUGCUGGAACUAAUGUGGGAGAUGAGAAAGGACUAGAAAUGGCUCUUGGAAAUCUGGACAUUAACACAAUGCAAAGGAUUGAUAACUUUAACCCUGAUGCACCUCUCGCUGGGCCCACUAAACCUGCUCGUAGUAGUGGUUGGAACAACAGAAGUGACAACUGUGACGCAUUACAGAAGAGUAUUUGGAGCAAGAACUAUGAACCUGGCAGCAACCAUCCACAGAGUCCCACCAGCCCCAAAAGACCCCCACCCACUCGGGGCAAAGAGAGGAUUGUUAGUGUACAGAGUCUGAAACUGCCAAAGAGGGAGUCACAGGUGAAAAGACCCCGUGAAGACUCCGGUCUCUCUGUGGAUGACCUGUUAGGGCAGUACUCAGCUAGUGUGAAGAGGCAUCGUCCUGAAACUCCACCCACCGCUGACUCAUCUGUCUCUAAGGAGAAGGAACGUGUCAAAACAGCUGGACUGCCCAUGCCUCGAAACCGCUUUGCAACACUGUUGCAGUGGAGGAACCAAUCAGAGGAGGGCACUGGAGGACAGGUCACACGCAGCAGGUUUUUCUGCCAUGGUGAAUCAAAUGUCAGAGAGACACAGGAAGCCUCUUCAAAACAACAUGCACCUCAGCCUAUAGAGUCUCCAGAAAUGUGCCUCUCACAAUCUGGUGACAGACAGUCCUUGUGUGAGGAAUCAGACACUGAAGAACAACAGGCCAAUGAUGAUCAAAUCAAAGAUGAAUCAUCCAGCCCCUCUGUGUCACCCUCUCACCCUUCCAGGCCUGUCAGACCGGGUCAAGGGGUCUUUAGCUGGUCAGGAAGCACCAGAGAACUAAAAAAAACUACUUUACAUCCACCCUCAAUUACCACAGAUAGACCCGAGUCAUCACCCACACCUUCAGGUUUAUCUGCCCUACAGCAGUUCCACAGACAAAAGGGGAGUUUCUCCUGGAAAGGAUCUGGGAAGCUUUCUCUCUCAUCUUCUCCUGUAGAGGGCACUGGAGAUUCUGAGAAGUCCCCUGAUUCUCCUCCGUCUCAGGACAGUGCAUAUUUUUCUCAGUCCAGCAAUGCCCCAUCUGGUGUGGAGGAUUCGCUAACCAGCUGCCUAGGCACAGAGGACAUCACAGACAGGGAAAAGGAGAGAGAUUCUGAUUGCUCCAACAGCCCAAGCAGUUCUCCCACCGAGAAGUCAAAACCUCCUGCGAACAAAACAAAGGUUUCAGGGUUGUCCCGAAAACAGCCUUGUGGGCAGGGUAAAGGCGGUAAAAUUGAGACAUCUACCCCCGCUAGGCCCAGCGGUCUGAGAAAGAAACCAAGUGGAAAGAAAAAUACUGUCAACAAUGAGAACCGUCCUGGCCUGCAAGCCACCAUCAGUGGUCUCUGGGGUGCAUUCAGUUUCAAAAAGGACAAUCCAAAAAUAAGCGUAUCCAGAAAAGGAGAGCCGAUGUCCCCAGUCAGAGAGAAUGUGAUGAUGGAACCAGCUGAAUCAGAUAAAAAGAUUCUCAUCCUCGCAGAAUGAUGUCAUACUUUUAACCUGUUGAUUGAUACUCUGUUAAGAGUUACCAAAUCUUUAAAAUUCUCUUAAACAUACUGUGUAUGUUCAUGUAUUUGUACAAUAAUUCAAUAAAAAUGUUUUAGUAUAA